AUGCCAGAUAUAUGUGCAGUUUUCGGCUGUUCAAACCGAGCAAAUUCUGCGGAAGGAAUUUCUCUUCACUGUAUACCAUUUUACGGUGAUGAGCGUCCUGAAGCGAAGCGAAGACGUAAAAUCUUGGUGAAUUUUGUUGCAAGAAAACGCGCUCAAUGGACACCGAAUAAGUAUUCGGCUGUUUGUUACGUUCAUUUUACUGAUGUGGAUUACGAAAAAUACAAAGUAGAAAUCCCAGGGACGAAGAAUUAUACACCAAGACUCAAAAAAGAUGAUUUUGGAAUAACCGCUCAACCAACAAUAUUUCUAAAAGAUAAUGAACCAAAAAAUCCUACAUCUAGAGAGAAACGACGGGUUAAAAAGAUGGUAAAAGAUUUGGUAAGCAAAUCAUGCUCUACUCAACUGAUAAUAUCAUCGAAGAAGAAAUCUUCACUGAAACGAUUGCAGAAGAACUCCCGAUUUUAA